AUGGCGAUGAGGAAUCGGAUGGAGAAUAUUUCGAAUGCCAAGUCUAAGCAGACAAUUAUUAGGAAGAAAUGGGUGAUAGUCAACAACAGCAGCAGCAAGUGGUCGAAAAAAGUCCCAGAUGAUAUCAUGCAAUCGGUUCUACAAAGGCUGUCCAUAUUCGAUUAUUUUCGGUGUCGCUCAGUAUGCCGUUCAUGGCGAGACUCUGUUGAUAGGGCAAUUUCCAGCAAAUGGUGUCGUCCUGCUCCUCAACUUCCAUGGCUUUUCAGUUCUCGUUUUCGCAAUUUUUUAAGCUGCUUUGAGUAUGAGCCGAAGUUUUACAAAUUAAAUCUGCCUAGUGAUGAUGCGCAUGAUGAAUAUGUUGGGUCAAUUGAGGGGUGGUUGAUGAGAGUUGAUGGGACUGGAUCCAUAAUUACCUUACUAAAUCCCAUCUCUGGUGGCCGAGUGAUGCUUCCACCAUGCAAACAUGAGCUCACAGCUGCCUCCUUCAUCAGUAAACUUGUAGCCUCUUCAGUACCAGUACCAAGCCCCCCAUCCCUCGCAUGUACAUGUACAUGUAUUGUGGCUUGCCUUUCCACAGGCGUUGAAAAGACGUGGCUGGGUGUCUGUAGACCCACUGAUAAAUCAUGGACCCGAAUUGAUGAGGAGGGCCUCAACUUUGAAUCUAUAGAGUUCAUCGAUGGGAAGCUAUAUGCUGCAACCAAGAACCUAUCCCAGUUUUUAUUAGUGUUUCAGUUUGACACAAAUGAUAAUCAACAACUCCACUACACAGCUCAAAGGUUGGUUGUACUUGACGACACCCCCGGGCUGCCAGAUCGUGAAAGGUUCGACCAUAUAUUUAGGAUAAAAAAGAGUCGUCUUUCCCUUGCAAAAGAUUUCUCUACAUCAAAGGAGUUGAUUAUGAUUACUUUUCCGGACGAUCAUUCUGAGAAUCUGCUUGUAUGUCCACCUAAUUAUGCUGAAGCAUUUCAAGUUUUCAAGCUGGAGUUUAGUAAUAAUAAGACUAAGAAUAAGAAUGGUGCUCCUCCUCCUCCUCCUCGAUGGGUAGAGAUUGUCGGGAUUCGUGAUCGGAUAUUGUUUCUAUGCCAGAAAUGCCAUGAAUUCAAAUACGUGCUCCACAGUGACACUAAUGAUCUACAUGAUAUACAUCUAAGACACUGCAUCGAUUCUGGUUUAUCUUUAUUCACCAGACCAGUCGCCUGGCUCACACCAAAUCCUUGGUAG